AUGUCUGAUAGUAAAACUUCUCCUCGAAAUCAUGGAAGAUCGAAGACAAAGACAAGCGAAAAUUUAUAAAUACUGUUCAAGAAGUCAUCAGUUGCAAAUGAAAGAUUAGUCGUUAAUAAAUUAGGCAUGAAAUUUGAUCCUGUUUGUUGGAAGAAGAACCAUGAAAAAGGGAGAAUUCAAUUUUUUUGCAUUGUAAAUCUCUGGCAUUUAAAAUAGGAAUCGAAUUGCAAAGCUGAUAGAAGGUUGGCUUGUGCACAUUGCAUCAUUGAAGAACACCAGGAACAUAUCUCAAAUAAGAUAACUGUUGAACAAUAUUGUGAUUCCUUUGAGAGCAAUUUUAAGAGCUAUCUCUUUUAAAUAGCAAAAUUAGAGGAAUAUUACAAAAAAUGCAAAAUGCUGGAUUUAAUCAAUUAAAUAGAUAAAGAUAUCAACACAGUUCUCGAAAUUGUUAAACAAUAAUUAAGGGUUUUAAGGGAUUUCUACGUUUAAGAAAUCUAAAUUCAUGCAGAAUAAAAUAAUUCUUCUCUGAUCUCAUUUUAUAAUAUGGAAAAACAGACGUUGUCUAAAAUAAAGGACUAUGCACAAAAGAAUCUAUUUGAGAUGACUCCUCCUGAAAUGGAUCAUAGUAUGUUAUUGUUAGGUCAAAAUCAUUUGGAUAACAUAACACUUAAAAUAUAGUAAUUCGGUGAUCAAAACUCAAUUGUCUAUAGCACUUUGAAAUCCUAAUGGAAACUAAUAUAUGAAUAAUUAGAAGAAUCUUUAAUUGAUGCUAUAGCUUUGAUUAGCUAGAAUAAUUUGGAUUUUAAUUAGCCAACUAUUAAAGAAACUUCAUAAGAACACAGUAAAUCUACAAACUAAUAAUAAUAAUAAGAUUUCUAGAAACUGAACUUAUAAGAUUUCAAGAUCUAAAAUAAAUAGAUGAAUUAAUAAUACACAUAAAACUAUCAAUAAUUACCUCCCUAACAUUCCCAAGACUUCUAAUAGAUUAAAAAAGAAGUUAGCAAACAUAGUGGCAAUACUAUACAAUAAUAAUAAUCGAACCCUCCAAUUAAUUAAACUAAUAAUCAAUUAUAAUCUAAUAGUCCUAAAGCUUCAAACGAAGUGCAAAGUUAUAAAUAGAAUCAUAGUAUUAGUCAACAUUAAGUGACUUCACCUUUGAAAAGUGGAGUUAAUAUAGCUACUUUUGGCAAUUUAGGUAAUGCCAAUUAGAAAUCCUUCAAAAAACAUAUGUCUCAACCUAAAACUAAUGAAGUUUAUGCUCAAUCAAAGACUGAUUAGAACAACAAUUCAAAUGCUAAAUCUAGUUCUCUUGUUAGAUAAGCAAGUGCCAAUGGAGUUAAUUACUAUUACUAAAGUGAUGGCAAACACCUUGAAGGCAGAAAGAAUGGUUAUCAUAUAUAAACUCUUAAUUCAUCAUCAUAAUAAAAAUAAUAAUACUAGUUUGAAAGAAGACUGUCAGCCCCGAAAAUAUAAAAUACUCAUUUUAAUUGCAAUUACAACAAUAUGAAAUGUAUUCACAAUGAUAUUGUUAAAACAAGUCCUGUUUUCAGUUGCUGCAAUUGGGCAUUUCCAUGUUACGAAUGCCAUGACAUGAUUUCAACGCAUAAAGCACACAUAACAGUUCCUUCAUAAAGAUUCUGUUUGAAUUGCUAAGAAAUAUUCUCUGUAAAUUUAUUGUCUACAGUAGAUGUCAAAUGUUAUAAAUGCUAAUGA